AUGUCUUCUUUGCAGGCUGAUUUUGAUAGGAUAGCAGAAGAUGUGAGGAAGCUGAAAACAAGACUAGAUGAUGAAGAAUUGAACGAACUCUAUGGGCUCUACAAACAAUCUGUAUUUGGAGACAUUAAUAUUGAGUGUCCAGGAAUGUUAGAUUUAAAAGGCAAGGCUAAAUGGGAAGCAUGGAACCUCCAAAAAGGGCGGUUGAAGGAAGAUGCCCCGAGUGCCUAUAUUUCUAAAGCAAAAGAGCUGGUAGAAAAAUAUGGAAUUUAA